GAAGCUGUGCAAAGCUCUGGGAUUCACCUCGGCCUUUAAGAAGUUCGGUUCGAAAAUAUUCGAUGCGCCUUUUCCCGGAUGCGAAAAGUACCAGAGGUGGAGCGACCAGUACCUAGCCUGCAUGGCUCGAGUUUACACCGUCUCCAUCUACCAUCCAGCCGGAACCUGCAAGAUGGGAAAUCUCUCCGAUCCCACCGCCGUGCUGGACCCCCAACUCAGGGUGAAAGGAGUGGGAGGACUGAGAGUGGUGGAUGCCUCGGUCAUGCCCGAAAUCGUCUCGGGAAACACCAACGCUCCGGUCAUCAUGAUUGCCGAAAAAGCCGCCGACCUCAUACUGAAGUCUCGACCGUCUACGGGGACCUCCGAAAAACCGGGAAGUCCCCGAUGACUCAGAUAAUUUACGCCGCGCGUAAUUUCACCACCGCCGCAAUACCGACGGCGAGCGCGUAAUUUAAUGUAAUUUAUUACGGAAACCCUUUCCGGUUUAAAAUCUUUUUCUCUAAGACGCACAAAAGUACAACGAAUUUUCCCGCCUCCGACCAAUAAAGGUGAAAAUUCCCUUUCCACCGCGGAUUUAGGUAGGAAGACCAAUUUGGCCUCCUUCCACUACGCGUAUUUUUCUCAAAACAAAAUACAAAUAAAUUAAUUUUUACGUGGCCAACAAAACACAAUUGUUAUUUCACAUCGGUUUUCGUCCAGAAAGUUCGAUGAAAUGGAAUGUAUUCGUUCUCGGCACAAAUAAAGGAAUUCCUCCAAAGUCUCUGGCGGUUUCGUUUUCGUAUUCUUAUUGCGGAGGGUUGGCGCGCGUCCACCUCGUCGGCUUUAAGCCCACCACUUAAAAACGAAAGGCGU